AUGUCGCCAGGCCCCGGGAAUACAUAUCAAAAUCCGGCAAAUAACGCCAAAUCAAUCGAUGAUAUUUUGCCAAGCGGCAGCAGCAGCUGUGAUAUUCUCAGCACUCAUAUUGCUGCCCGAAUUUUCCACUUGCUGAUUACCAUGACAGACAGCAUUUACGAACGCUUUGGGGAAGAGCUGAAUUUGGUUUCACUAUGCGAACUUAUACAAAGUUUGGUGGCAGCAAGCGAAAGUCGUUUACAGUAUUCAAGUUCACAGCCCUCCAGUUCUCUGGUCGAUCCAACAGCGCUUCUUCGUCGAAUAACAACAAUACUUGUUACUCUGUCAAAAAGACCCCUGAUACAUGCGAUGAAAAUUUGGCCAAAAGUCACUCCUCAUAUUGUUCAGGUCGUUUUUUAG